AUGGACCUGAGCGUCGCCCACCCGUACCAGUGCCAGCGGGCGCUGUACCCGAUCGCGCCGUACCUGGGGCCGGUGCUGUACCCGGACUACCUCGGCCCCUACUACAAGCUGUACGAUGGGAUGUACACGAUGCGAAUGCUGGACGGGGCUCAGCACGUCCCGCCGCACAACCACACCCAAAUGGCGAUGGCCACUGCUCAUUGUUAUUGCAUGACAUCGAAAUAUGAUAACCAAAGAGUUUGUGAUGGCACAUUAUCGAAUCCUAAUCACCACGAACGUUAUAAUUGGCGCGUGUGCAAUAUUUUUAAACCUCGUCUUUUAAUUCAUUCAAAAUUCCGUCCGUACGAUGGCGCCUAUGCCAGGGAGAGGGCGUCCCACCAGCCACAAAAGAAGCACCACAUGUUCGGAAAGAGAUGUUUCCAGGAACAGCCGGCUCCGACCCUGGAGCCUCUGUCACGCGGCCCCGGCGUGGUCAAGUACGAAUGUCCCGAACAGACCUACCAUCACGACGCCUUGCAUAUGCACAACGUGGACUUCAACGCCCGCCACCAAAUAGCGCCACCGCACCCGCCUACCCUGCAACCAGCUUUGGAUUUGAACGCGGCACACUCCAGCCAGACCCUGCUGCAGGGCGGCGUUGCCAGCCCGCCCGACCGUUACGGCCUGCCGUCGGGCGAGCGAGUGCGUCACAACCACACCUACAGCGCCCCCCUACCGCCCGCCGAGCCGCGGCCGAACACUCGCGACAAACGAGUUCGACGGUUGACGGAUGGUAGCACGUCCGACUGUGGGUCGAGUGGGUCGCAGCAUCUAACGCGAGAUGAGAAACGCGCGAAGGCACUAGGCAUCCCGAUGGAGGUGCACGACAUUAUCAACCUGCCGAUGGACGAGUUCAAUGAGCGACUCUCGAAGCACGACCUGAGCGAGGCGCAGCUCUCACUCAUCAGGGAUAUACGGCGUCGUGGCAAGAACAAGGUCGCGGCGCAGAACUGCCGCAAGCGGAAACUCGACCAGAUCACUUCGCUGGCGGACGAGGUUCGCUCCGUACGCGACAGGAAGUUGAGAACGCAGCGCGAUCGUGGCGCCCUCCUGGCGGAGCGGCAGAGGGUGAAGGAGCGCUUCGCGGCGCUGUACCGCCACGUGUUCCAGAACCUGCGCGACCCCGAGGGGCGGCCGCUCUCCUCCAGCCAGUACUCGCUGCAGCAGGCGGCCGACGGCAACGUGGUGCUGGUGCCGAAGAUGCAGCAGCACCCCGACCACCAGAUGCAUCGCGGCCCCGACGACGAGGCGGACCGCAAGGCGAAGCACUACGAG